AAAAUAAUAGAAUGUUUAAAUAAUAUAGAACGAAUGUAAAUAAAAAAUAUAAAAAGAGCAGUUAUCAUUUUACUUGUGCACGAAAGGAUAAAAAAUUUCAGUCAAAUGGCUGAUGUUCCUAGCAUUUUCAACUCUUCAACAACUUGUCAAAAUCAGUUUUUGGGUGGCCCUUCUCUCACAGAAGUAUGUCCAUCAACUACCGCGACAUACGUAUUUUUUUUAUAUAUUGUAAACAAUUUAAUUGACAUAAGCCCGAAGAUUGGUGAUUCCUGUGGUCGUGUUACCGCUGACAAAAAGCCACGGGACGUUUAUGAUUUUAUUGUAAUUGGAGGAGGAGCAGCUGGUAGUGUUGUUGCAGCUAGACUGAGUGAAAUCCCCAGUUGGCGAGUUCUAUUAAUUGAAGCCGGUCCUGAUGAACCAGCAGGUGCUGAAAUUCCAUCUAAUUUUGGAGUUUAUCUUGGAGGUAGUCUCGAUUGGAACUAUAGGACUACCAAUGAAUCUUAUGCUUGUCUGGCGCAAAACGGCUCCUGCUCCUGGCCUCGCGGACGCAAUCUCGGUGGUACUACAGUUCACCACGGAAUGGCUUAUCACCGUGGAAAUGCUAAAGAUUAUGAAAAUUGGGUUGCCAUGGGCAAUGAAGGAUGGUCUUGGGCAGAGGUUCUUCCAUAUUUUAUAAAAUCAGAAGAUAAUAGAGAAAUAAAUCGAGUUGGAAGACAAUAUCACGGUACAGGUGGUCCAAUGGUUAUCGAAAGAUUUCCAUAUCAGCCACCAUUUGCUGACGCAAUAUUAAAAGCUGCCGAAGAAACAGGUUACGGAAGAACUGAAGAUAUGGUUGGUGCAAAUAUUCGCGGAUUUACAGUUGCUCAAACAAUGAGUGUAAAUGGCGUUCGACAGAGUACCGCAUCAGCAUUUUUACGUCCAAUUCGUAAUAGAGAAAAUCUCGAUAUAGUUCUUAAUGCUACUGCUACAAGAAUAUUGAUUAACAACCAAAAAAGGGUCACCGGAGUUGAAUAUUUACUGAAUAACAGAACUCGUAGAGCAAGGGUCACUCGGGAAGUUAUAGUCUCAGGAGGCGCUGUAAACUCUCCUCAACUUUUACUUCUAUCCGGAAUCGGUCCGAAGGAGCAACUUCGAUCUUUGGGAAUUCGUGUCGUUCUCGACCUACCCGGAGUUGGAAAAAAUCUUCACAAUCAUGUUUCUUACAGUCUUGAUUUCACACUCGCUAACCAACAAAACGCACUGGGAUUUAAUUUGGAUGACGUGACUCAAUACUUAAGCAAUCAAACGGGACCAUUGUCCUCAUCUGGAUUAGCACAAGUAACAGGGAUUUUGUCAUCACGUUACACCACGUCAGAUUAUCCAGAUUUACAAAUGUUUUUUUCGGGUUUUCAAGAAUCUUGCCUUGAUACUGGAGAUGUCGAUCUGAGAAAUUAUGGCAACAAUAGAACGGUCAGAUUCACAGCAGUAAAUCUCCAUCCUAAAAGUAGAGGAGCUAUAAGUUUGGCUAGUAAAAAUCCACUAGAGCAUCCUAUUAUUUGGAGUAAUGAUCUUGCUGAUCCUGCGGACGUUGAUGUACUGGUCGAUGGUAUGCAUGUUAUUAUUAAUAUGGCAAAUUCAACUACCAUGAAAUCACAAGGUCUGACUCUGGCAACCCAGCCGAUCGAUUGCUGCAAGGAAUAUGAAUUUCUCUCAGAUAGCUAUUUCCGAUGUGCUGUUCAUAUAGACACACGUACUGAAAAUCACCAGACUGGUUCAUGUAAAAUGGGACCUAGUUCUGAUCCAUUGGCUGUCGUUGAUCCAUAUCUUCGAGUACAUGGUAUUCAAGGGCUUCGUAUCGCUGAUGCUUCCAUUAUGCCAAUGGUUGUUUCAGGAAACCCUCAAGCAUCAGUUACAAUGGUAGGUGAAAGAGCGGCUGAUUUCAUCAAGAGAACAUACAGCCAAUGCGCAUACUUAUAAAUAAUAAUUACUAACUUCGAAUUGUUUAUGGUCUACGUUAAAUUAAUUGUAAAAUAUUUUUAUGAGUUAUUUCAAUAAAUUAUCAUGAUUUUAUUUCAAUUAAA